AUGAGCGGUGCCGGUGAUGAUCGGUGGCGCGGUGGGCGUGGUUAUGACCAGAAUCGCCAAAUCGGGCAGCGACACCAAAGCGGAAACCUGCGCGACCGGUCAAUAGGAGGACAUCAACAAGAUCGGCACCCACACCGGGGCUAUGGAAAUAAUGCGAAUGCGACCAAUUCCUGGGGCCCUCCGCAUGGAGGAUCCCCCCAUGAACAACAUAUUCCUGUGAGAUCCUUCAACGCUGCAGAGUCGAAAGGCGCGCUUAAGCAAGCUCCGUUCGUUUAUAAACCAAUCGGGAAGGAAGCGAACAGCUCCCGAGCGGCCAGUGGUCCUUGGGGCUCAAAACCAAACUGUAUGGUCAACGGGAAGGACUUUUUUCUCGAGCUUCGAAAGCAAGUGUCUGCUUUACGUCAAAGCGGUAAUAACGUUGCCGGUGGCUGA